CCUGCUCUCAGACAGUGCGCUGUCGGAGUUUAAACCAGUAUCGACUAUAGAGGCGCAGUUGAGUUUCUGCCAGGACAGUCGGGGCUCGACAUUGUCACAAACUUUCUCGGUCUGUCAGAAGACAUGUCGAGCAACAGCGCAAGUUUGGUGAGCCUGCAGAAGAGCGUCAAGCAGCUGAGAAAAGAAGCAGGAUUCCGCAGAAUUAAGGUUUCUCAAGCAGCGGAAGAUCUGAAGAAGUUCUGCUUGGACAAUGCCCAAAAAGACCCUCUCCUCAUGGGGGUGCCAUCAAGCGACAACCCCUUUCGACCACCCAAAUCAUGUGCGCUCUUAUGAGGAGUCGUGAAGAAAUUGGAAAAACUUCGGAACAUUCCCACAAAUGUUUUCACUACACAACCCUCCGAUCCCCUUUACAUUACAGCAGAGCUGGAUCAUCACUACUAUUACACUAAAUUGUUUAAUUUGUAAGUUGUGACUUGAAGUCUUUCACGUUCAGCGAUGUGAGAAUGUUACUCUAGUAGAAGGAAAUUAAAGUGUUCAGUUGCUCAAAGAGUCCAUUGGAAAAGCCAUGGCAGAUAUGCAAAAAUAUUUGAUUCUUCUUUUUUUCUUAGCUAAUUUUUGAAUACUUGCCUACACAGAAAGAUUGCAAAAUGCUUUCUUGUCGUAACAUGUUCAGUUUAGGAAGAAACACUGAAUUUCUUUCUUUGACUUUUGUUGCCAUGAAACUCAUGUAUUUAAGGUCAUUGAUUGUAUUAACCACAUAGCUCUAUUGAAGGAGAGAGAUGUCUUGUAUCUCAGGUUCUUUUUGAUAAAGAUUGAUACUGUGUCUCUGAUAUAAAUUCACUUGUCUAAAUACUGAAUGAGGUACUACUUUUUAUUCUAAUGUAUUUUCUCCAAUGUAGUGGGUAAAGGUUUCUGCAUCAUUUCUAAAACGUUGUGCAUAAGGUUUAACACAAGUGCCGAAUUAUAUGUGUUUUCUGUGAUAUUUGCUGGUGAAAGGGUGCUGCCUGUAUGUUGCUCUUUUACUCUUAAGAAUUUGAACAACAAAUGACUAAGAGGGUUUAAGUUGGCCUGUUUUUGCAUAUACUCUGCCCUUGCAUGUUUAUUUAUCUCAUAUUAUACCUAUACUGUAUCUUUAUCAGGCAACCACUGGACAUUCAUGCAAAUGUCAUUUUUACUGCUGUCCUGCAUUGUUAACAUCUCAGUCUGUUUACCUCAUGUAUGUCUUGCGUUUUAGGUGAUCGAGGCUACAAGAGCAACAUCUGAUUUGUUAGCAGCAAGAUACAAACCUUUCCUUACAAAACUGAAUCAUGAAAGAUAAAUUAAAACGACUGAGCUUGAAAA